AAGAAAGGGAAAAAAAAGAAAAAAGAAAAAGAAACCACGUCUGGCCAGAUUGCUCAAAAACAGACGAUUCCAAUCCUUUCUUUUGGUUUGAUACAGUAGUAGUUAAAAACAAAGAGGGAAGUAGUUUCGUUGUAUAAUCCUCACAGUAAAGUUUAAGUUUUAAGUUUAGUCCAGCAGAAACAAAUAAUAGUAGCGUGUAACCAAUAAGCAAGAGAGCUUAGCCUGUCUUUGAUUUCUGGACUAAAUUCAAAUGGAGAGUUGCUGCAUUUGGGGUGGUCAUCGACAUCUGAUUCAAUCCCACCAUCGCUUUAUCGGCUUCUCUCAUCAUCAUCACACUCAACGUGUUCAUUUGCUGGCUGCAAAUGGUCCCCGUAAAUGUAAUAACAGAAGCAGCAGAAUUUGCUGCGCAUAUGAAGACCCCAUCAAGAAACCACCACAAGCGUCACCAUCUCCCUCCUCCUCCUCCUCUUCGGCAAUUCAACUUUACAAUCAGAUUGAAAGAUUACUUACGGAGACUGCAAGACAAUCACAAGACUCUUGGGGUGGUUCUAACGACUGGUCUGAAGUUGAGGGAGCAUGGAUUCUUAAACCAAAAGGCUCAAGGCCCAAGUCAAUUGUUCAUUUCAUUGGUGGUGUAUUCGUUGGAGCAGCCCCCCAGCUUACGUACCGUUUAUUUCUUGAACGCCUGGCAGAAAAGGGUAUUUUGGUGAUUGCCACACCAUAUGCUAGUGGAUUCGAUUAUUUCUUCACGGCUGAUGAAGUGCAGUUCAAAUUUGAUAGGUGUUUUCGGUCUCUACAAGAAACUGUACUAGAUAUUCCUACUUUUGGCAUAGGUCACUCCUUGGGAAGUGUCAUCCACCUUUUGAUUGGAUCACGAUAUGCUGUGCAAAGAAGCGGGAAUAUAUUCAUGGCAUUCAAUAACAAGGAAGCAAGCGCAGCUAUCCCUCUGUUCUCACCUGUUCUUGUCCCAAUGGCCCAAAGCCUUGGACCAUUUCUAUCACAAAUCGCUUCAUCACCAACAGUCCGUCUUGGGGCAGAGAUGACAAUGAAGCAACUAGAGAGCCUUAGCCCUCCCAUUAUGAAGCAAGUUCUUCCUUUGGUUGAGCAACUUCCUCCCUUAUACAUGGACUUGGUUAAUGGAAGAGAAGAUUUCAGUCCCAAACCUGAAGAAACUCGCCGCCUUAUAAAAUCAUAUUACGGUGUUUCUAGAAAUCUUCUGAUAAAGUUCAAGGACGAUGUAAUUGAUGAAACUCCAACAUUAGCUCAGGUGCUUGGUUCAGAAGCAGCCAUUAGUUCAAUGCUAGACAUGUCAAUUCGCGUGUUGCCAGGAGAUCAUGGGCUUCCAUUGCAACAGGCGUUCCCAGAUGUCCCGCCUGCAAUGGCAGAUGCAGUAAACCAAGGAAGUGAGCUUUUUGCAAAUCUCACCGUGGGAACCCCAUGGGAGAAUGUUGCCAAAGAAGUAGGCAGCACACUGGGCGUGGACUCGAGGAUCCUCCGUGCACAAGCAUCCAAGGACGUAGAUCACCUUGUGGAUGUGAUAAUAUCCUGGAUGGCAUCAAAUUCGGGCCCGAGACUCUUGAGGCAAUGAUACUUGCACCAAGCAAAUCAACCAGAGUCAACAACAAUAGGGAAAGGAAGAUGCUUGAAGAAUCUGCAGAGAUAGGGCAUUCUUAUGUUAUUCUAUUGUACAUUUGAUAUGUCGCCAGGCAUGUCCAAUCAGAAGUGAAUAACAGGAAACGGUAGAAAUGUUUUCUA